UACACCUUCGCCGCCGCCUCAGUGCGCAGGCGCUGCCGGGCGGGGGCGGGCGGGGAGGGGCAGGAAGGAGGGGCGUGAGGCCGCCCCCGCCCCCCGCCCCGGAGCGCGAGACAGAGGCAGAGGAGCUGGCAGGGGGGAGCAAAAGUUGUGGUGAGGGCGGGGCCGCGCCCGGAGUCGCCGCCGUGAGGGGGCGAGAGAGGAGCUGCGGUGUGGGAGCCGCCAGCGGUGGGAGUUUAUCAAAGUGAACCUAAAGAAAACAAAAUUAUCACAUGAUAUUCUGUCAAGAUUCACUGGAAAGAGAAUGAAAUAAGCAUGAAGUGUUCUAAACUGGAUUAUGUUUCAUGGGUCACAGUUAAAAGUAAAAAGAAGAUGGAACAAAAUGAAAGAACAGGAGUAUAACACCCAUCAAGAGCUUUUUAUUUUUGUCAUAUAAACUUUCAAUAUAACACAACUAAUGGUUUAUAGUAAUAGAUUAUUGGUAUCCCUGGAAGAAGUCUGUUACUGUGCUACUUGAUAAUAAGAACUUCAAUAACUUUUAACAGAUUCUAACAUUAACUGGACACACUAUUUUUUUUUUAAUCUGAGAGACAAAAACUUUGUACAGCUCUAUUUUAACAGAGAGUCUGAUCCUGACAGAUGGCUGGCAGCUGCUCAUGGAAAAUGGACUUAAACCCAUGAAUGGUUAUUAUUCUACAGAAUUGGAUGCAAUGCCAUGACUUCAGAGACAUUCUCUUAGGAUUUUCUUCUUUGCCUUGCACCCAUCAUAUCCUUAAAUAUUUAAGUGUAAAUAAUUGUGAUUAUAAAGUUUAAAAAAUAAUGGCAUGGGUGAAAUUCUUAAGAAAACCUGGAGGUAAUCUUGGAAAAGUUUAUCAGCCUGGAAGUAUACUGUCCCUGGCCCCUACCAAAGGCUUACUAAAUGAACCAGGACAAAACAGCUGCUUUCUUAAUAGUGCUGUGCAGGUGUUAUGGCAGCUCGACAUAUUUCGCCGAAGUUUAAGAGGUUUAACUGGACAUGUGUGUCAGGGAGAUGCCUGCAUAUUUUGUGCUUUAAAGGCAAUAUUUUCCCAAUUCCAACACAGUCGAGAAAAAGCACUCCCAUCAGACAAUAUGAGACAUGCCUUGGCAGAAAGCUUUAAGGACGAACAGCGUUUCCAGCUUGGAUUCAUGGAUGAUGCAGCUGAAUGCUUUGAAAAUAUCCUCGAGAGGAUUCAUUUUCAUUUAGUGCCAAACAGUGAAACAGAUAUGUGCACUUCAAAAUCCUGUAUUUCUCACCAGAAGUUUGCUAUGACACUGUACGAACAGUGUGUAUGUCGCAGCUGUGGAGCAUCAUCAGACCCAUUGCCUUAUACAGAAUUUGUGCGCUACAUUUCUACCACAGCCCUGUGUAAUGAAGUAGAAAGAAUGAUGGAGAGGCAUGAACGUCUCAAGCCAGAAAUGUUUGCCGAAUUGCUGCAAGCAGCAAAUACCGCUGAUGACUACAGAAAGUGUCCUAGUAACUGUGGUCAAAAAAUAAAAAUCCGUCGUGUUCUUAUGAAUUGUCCUGAGAUUGUCACAAUUGGUUUAGUCUGGGAUUCGGAACACUCUGACCUGACAGAAGAGGUUAUGCGGAAUCUGGCAACACAGCUUUAUCUUCCUGGGCUGUUUUAUAGGGUUACAGAUGAAAAUGCCAAAAAUAGUGAACUUUUUCUUGUGGGAAUGAUUUGCUACACAAGCCGACAUUACUGUGCCUUUGCCUUUCACACCAAGAGUUGCAAAUGGGUGCUGUUUGAUGAUGCUAAUGUGAAAGAGAUUGGAACAAAAUGGAAAGAUGUGGUCUCCAGGUGCAUUCGAUGUCACUUUCAGCCGUUGUUGCUCUUUUAUGCUAACCCUGAUGGCACAGCUGUGUCUCCAGAAGAUGCUCCAAAGCAGAUUAUUCACUAUUCUCAGUGCAAAGCAGCAGGAGGAAAUGGGGAAGACUUGGGAUUUGAAAAGCAAGCUGCUCCUAAAUCAGAUCACAUGAAAGAGAAUGGAAUUGGAGACUCCCCUAAUCAAAGGAGUAGUAAAAAACUUCAGCCAGAUAAUUCGGCAUUCAGUAGAAGCCACGUUCAAGGUGUUAGAGGUCCAGCUAAGCUGUGUUACAGCGACCAAAAGGACAGGCUGAAAGACAUAUCCAGAGAGUGCGCUCAGAAAGCUGCUGAUAUGAAAAGCUUCUCAUCUUUGCGAAAAGAUGCAGACAGAGGACCAAGAAGAGAGUCUGGGAGACAAAGAGAUUUGCUUGGGGAAGAUCGUUCCAGUGUCAAGUCAGGGUCUCCUCCAGUUGGAAAUGGCUUUAGACACUGUGCUGAUCAGCGCAUAUACAGCAGCCAGGGGAAAGGCUCCUAUAAGCAUGACAGUGCACCUCCGCCACCAAAAUUUUCUGCACAGGGGCUUGGGUCACAUAAACCAGAAGCUUUUCCUACUGGAGAGAAGCCACUGUUCAGGACCCGGACUGAUGGUGUCACUGGCUAUGAUACAGACACUAGUCAAGACCUGAGGGACAAAGGAAGUAGCAGCAGCAGCAGAAGCAGAAGUAAAGGUUGGAAACCAAUGCGAGAGACACUAAAUGUAGACAGCAUUUUCAGUGAGACUGAGAAAAAACAGCAUAGCCCAAAGCACAAGACAAAUCCCAGCAGUAAAUCUAAGCAUGAAAAGGAUCGAAACUUUAACCAUUGGCCAAAGGAGAACUGCAUUCAGAAAGGUUUAAUGACUAUAUAUGAAGAUGAAACAAAACAGGAUACAGGAAGUCGAAGUUCACUGGAUUCAGAGGGCAAAGGGAAUGCUGAAAAAAGCAAAGGAUUUACAGAGAGGAAAAUGCAUGGUGAUAAUUGGCAAAUUCAGAGGACCGAAUCUGGAUAUGAAAGCAGUGAUCAUAUCAGCAAUGGAUCUGCAAAUCCAGACUCGCCUGUUAUUGAAGGAAUCAUUCCAGCAGAUGUCAAGAACACUAAAGAAACUGCUUCUUGCAGUGAACAGAACUUAGCAACCAAAAAAGCUGACAGUGUGCUACAUUCAUUAUCCCAUCAGAACAGAAAUUUAUAUGACUUGAGGAAAGACCAGAUCAGUCCAGAAGUUAACUACAAACCUCAUGUUAAUUUCCCAACAGAAUUACAUGUGCAGGUGCCCAGUCCUCCAGUGAAGAGAGUUGAGAUGCCUGAUACCAGUAGAAAACCUUUCCCAUCAUCAGCUCUACAGCCAGUUCUUAAAGAGAUUAUUAAGUCAGAAAGUAGGAGUAAGGUAAAUGAUCAGAAUUCUUCAGAGUGGCUCAAUCCAGAGAAAUUUGAGAGGAUGAAUGUGUCAGUGUAUAACGCUGAUGGUGGGUCCCAGCCCUACGCAGAUACUCUCUGUGGAAGGAAGCCAACCAACAACGACCCUCAUUUCUCUUCCCAACUGCAGCCUCAUCAUGCAAGAACAUUUGGUCCCAAGAUAGGGUUGCCACCUUGUGUGCCACAGAACCUGUCAGAAAGGCCCGUGGUGCUUCCCCCUCCUGGUGAGCAUGCUGGGCACCCACCCAGAAGAGUGGAUGCUCUUUGGGUGCCUGAAUCAGUGUACCAGAAUCUUCCUCCCCCUUUACCACCAAAGAAAUAUGCCCUGAAUACUUUUCCAGGAUCAGAAAAUAACUCAGCAGCUGAUGUGAAAUCAGCAGAAGUGUUGCACAAUAACCUGCUGAAGCAAACAGGUGCGCCUCUGAAACCUGCAUCAGAAGCAGGCAUAUUUGCAAAUGAACAAAGGCUUAAAGAGCCAUUGCAAGAGAAUGAGCUGUUUGUUCACAAACUGGAUUCUCCACCUCGAUUACCAGCUAAUGACUUCUGGAUGGUGUCUGAAAACUUUCUGAAGAAAGGAUCUCCUCAUAUGGGACCAAGUCCUGGAUAUGUGGAUGGAAAUGAUAGUGUAUCCCUAACGACUUAUUUUUCAGUAGACAGUUGUAUGACUGACACAUACAGGAUAAAAUACCAUCAGAGACCCAAGCUGUAUUUUACAGAUAGUGGAAACUUUCACAAGGAAAAGCAUCCUCCAUCAGCUGGUGAACUGACUCUGACAUACCAUGCUCCUGAGCCCAGGCAUCCCACACCCGAGCAAAGGUACAAGGCAAAUGUUGAAGGCAUCCACUGCAGUAGAUGAAUUCUUCAAAAUCCCAUAAAUUCUGGAUGUGACUUUUGCAUUUCAUAAAGUCUGUAAAUGGCACAAACUCUCAGCAGCCUCUGUGUGAUAACGAGGCACCCAGCUGACUGUACUUGGCUUAGGAGUUAGGACUGUUUAAAUGAAUAUGCAAACAGAAGUGGAUAGAAGAGAAGAGGUGCUAAACUUCUGGUUCUUUGAUUUGUUACUCUAGUUGCCUUAAUGCUUACCUCUGUUACCCACCUUGUCUUCUACAGUUAGUUUUUAAAAAUGGUCCCUUUGGGCAAUGCAUCUUCCAGCAGUGGGAUCAGCUAGAUGUUGCUAAUUAUGUAGGAAGAUUUAAUUAUUUGUGGUUUAAAAAAUGUUCCUUCAGACUGAGGUCACUACAUACCUAGACUAACAAAAGGGAUAAACAUAUUUACAACAAGUAAUGCAAUAAAAGUAGUUGUAAUAGAGCAAUAUUUACCCCAAUAGGUAGCAGAAGGUGACAUAUGUGUGUUUUGGUUUUGGCUUUUUUCCAACUGACUUUUCUCAGAGUCUGUGCUUUCACAAACCUUCAAGUGUCUUUAAUACAAGUUUACCCAGAGAAUUUCUAACUUUUUCUUUGAAAAGCCUUAAUAAUAAUUAUUUUUAAAUGGUUCUGGUUUGCAAACAUUAACUAAGACUUCAAAGGGAAUUCAAGUAAGCUGCAGUAAUAGUCUAUCCUAUUGAUAUACCUGCUGUAUGCUGGUGUACAUUUUUCAACACAUUUAUCAGCUCUGUUCCCAAUUUAACUUAUUACAACUAAAUUUACCCACAUAAGCUACAAACUGAUGUAGCAGGAUGGGAUGCUUAUUAGAGAGUUAUCAUGCAACUAGGAAAGAUUUUUUUAAAGCUUUAGAUGUAUUUACUGCUUAUGUUCAGUUCUGAUUUGUUCUACAAUUGCAUGCAAAGUCAAUGCUGAUAUAUAUUGACCUUUCUGUCUUUUUUCAGCUUUGAGCAAUGUUUGAUGGGGAUCAGACAUUUGAUUUUACUGACAACAGUUUCUGCUUUGGAGCAAUCCUGCAUAUGUGCUAAAUGACCAGAUCAGGCUAAGUGAAGCUGCAGCCAUUCAGGCUGUGGCAGCUGAGAGGGCGUGUAAAGAAGAGGUUACUCUCUUCCUCUGCUCCAGCAUUCUGCCCUUGCAGUAUUGGUAGCUCUGGCAUUUACCACAUCAUUCAUUAAUUUCAAUCUCAGUAACAAAGAGGAGGAUUUAUUUGGCUUUUAUUUGAUGGGUUAAAUCAGUGCACAGAACUAUCUACCAAGCACUGAUAGCCAGCACACGACCUGUGGAGGGCUGGGGAGGAAAGAGAGGACAGGACUUUGCCCUGAAAAGUUUGAAAGGAGCCACUGAGUCUUGUGGUGUCAACAGCAGGGAGUUCUGUUUCUGUCUUAUCCUAACAUUGAACAACAUGGAAUUAGAAUUCAUGUCAGCAAAAUUUGACAAAAUUCAAAAAGGCUCAAUUUUGCCAUUAUUCAGUCUAGUGUUAACUUGGGGUGCUGAUUUACAUCUGAAGAUCAAUGCCUUCUAGUUAUGAAAAUAAUGCAAGGUUAAAUAUGCAUAAUAAACACUCAUGCUUACACUUGCACUGUUCGCUUAUAAACCUUAUGUGAGUUUUAGUGCUUCAUCCAAAUGUUGGCAAUUAUUUAGCACUAUCCAUUUAAACAGUUUUGGUUUUAAAACAUGUUAAUUUACAGUAGAGAACUGGAAGAUGAUAUAUGCAACCAACCAGAUGAAUUUUACUUCUACCUUCUCGAUCAAAAUUUGUUGUAGCACUUCUUUAAACAAAUAAUUCUAGAAUUUGUAGGGCAAAUAACUAUGCAUGUUUCAGUGUGGCUGCUGGUAAACAGCAACUCAAAUUGUUCUUUUUGUAAGAAAACUGAAUACAGAGAAAAAAAAAACCUGCAAAAGAAAGAUUCCUGAUUGCAGUAUUUUUGAGGUAUUUCAGAACCUGUAAAUUUAACUUUUCUAGGUCAUCUAGCAAUGUUACAUAAUAUACAUAGCCCGUGAAUUAAAAAUGUUCUAAUACUUGUGUAAAAAGAUUAUUGGAAUUUGUAAAUAAUGUAUACUUUGUAAAAUGUUUUGCAAAGAUCUUGUAUUUGAAAUGACAGUAUUUUUUAUGUAUGAACAGCACAGCAACAAAUGUGAAUGAUGGCAGAACACUUCUUUUUAAACCUGCAUAGCAAUGUUGAUACUUCUGUCCAAGGAGCAAUAUGAAUGACUAUUACUAAUACCAAUGAAUCUAGCUUCCAGCAGGCAAAACUGGUAAACUUGUUCUUUGAAGUAGCUGCAGUAACUUACCUAAUGUACCUGAGUCUCCUUGCUUUGCCUGAAACAAUCUUACCAGACAACUUCCUAUGUGACCCAUGUUUACCAGGUAUUUAGAGUAAAUAGACAGCUAACCAAGGCACCUUCCUUUUUAUAUUUGACUCUGCACUCCAUGUAUGUAUGUAAUAUUUCCAAACUAAUAUGUGAUAACUUGUUUUAACUUACCUAGGGUGCCUAUUUAUUUUUUUAUAAAUGUCCCCUUCCAGCUAUAGAUUUGUAUAAGAGCCUAGACAAUUUUUGUAAAGACAUUAACAAGUCUUGUAAUUAAUAUAUUUUUCAGUCUUUAGAAUUAUUUUCUUGCAAAGUUGUGCUUGUUCAAACUCUCAGAUAAAAAUGUAAAAUAUC